GAUUGCCAUGUACCUGACUUGCUGUGACACGAACUCAGAAGAGGCUUCUGUUUCGAGGAAGGGACGGGAUACACGGGGACAAAGGAUUGCCAAGUACCUGACUUGCUGUGACAAGAACUCAGAAGAGGCUUCUGUUUCGAGGAAGGGACAGGAUACAUGGGGACAAAGGAUUGCCAAGUACCUGACUCGCUGUGACAAGAACUCAGAAGAGGCUUCUGUUUUGAGGAGGGGUUUUUCUUUCAAGAAAAGCACACAGGGAUGGCUUUUACUGGCUGCCGGACCAUUGGCAGCGAUGAAGAGCCUCAGUUGACUGUUCACUUUAUCCCGCGGAGUGCGCUGAGCUGUCGUUCAGCCCUGUGCCUCGCCCUUAUCCUGCAGCUCUCUCAGUCCCAGCCUGCGAAGCGUGCCGUGCCUCCGCUGGUGCCAGACGAGCCCUUCCUGGUGUUCUGGAACGCCCCAACGCAGCAGUGCCAGUCCCGGCACAAAGCCCCGCUGUCUCUGGAGAGCUUUAAUAUCCUCUCCAAUCCGGAGCAGGCCUUCACCGGGCAGAGCGUGGCCAUCUACUACUUCGACCAGCUGGGCUUGUACCCUUACUACAACAACCUGAGCCAGCCGGUGAACGGAGGGAGCCCACAGAACAACAGCCUUCGUGAUCACUGUGACAAGAUGGUGGCCGACGUGGAGCACACCCUGCCAUGGCCGCACUUCUCCGGGCUGGCCGUGGUGGACUGGGAGGAGUGGCGCCCCCAGUGGGUCCGAAACUGGGGCAGCAAGGACAUCUACCAGCACAAAUCAAGGGAGCUGGUGAGGGGGCUGCACCCUGACUGGCCCGCAUACAAGGUGGAGCAGCAGGCGAGCUGGGAGUUCAACACAGCAGCCCAGCGCUUCUUCACCGAGACCCUCCGCCUGGGCAGGAUGCUGCGACCCCAGGGCUGGUGGGGCUUCUAUCUCUUCCCAGACUGCUACAACCACGAGUACAAGAAAGGCUUCCAGAACUACACAGGACAGUGCCCCCCGCUGGAGGUGCAGCGCAAUAACGAGCUGGCCUGGCUCUUCGCUGAGAGUAAGGCGCUGUACCCCUCUGUCUACCUGCCCGAGGUGCUCCAGUCCUCACCUCAGGGCCGGCUGUACACCAGGGCUCGCCUACGGGAGGCACUCAGGGUGGCAGAUCUGCCCGACUCGGACUCCUCGCUUCCCAUCUUCGCCUACACCCGCCCCUUCUACGCCUACUCCCUGACUCCCCUCACAGAGACAGACCUGGUUUCCAGUAUCGGAGAGAGCGCUGCACUGGGAGCCAAUGGGGUUGUCCUCUGGGGUGGCAUCGACUACUCACGCAACCGGAGCAACUGCCUGAUGCUGAACAGGUACCUGGAGCGCACGCUGGGGCCGUACAUCGUGAACGUCACCACGGCGACCAGGCUGUGCAGCCGGCUGCAGUGCAGCGGGAGGGGCCGCUGCGUCCGGAGGGACCCCGGUGCUGACGUGCACCUGCACCUGGACAGCGAGAGCUUCAGCAUCGAGGUGCGGCCAGGGGAUGGUCCCGAGGACAGGAGGGUCAACGUGAGGGGACAGCUCACCAAGCCGGCCUGGGCGCGCAUGAGGGAGCAGUUCCGCUGCCAGUGCUACCAGGGCUGGAGCGGAGAAGGCUGCGAGGGGCAGGACAGUCUGGGGACGAGGCCUCAGCAAGGCCACUUCCUCAUCAUUGCACUCCUGUGUACGGCGCUGAGCUGGCAGCUCUGAGGAGCACCAGGAGGAUCGUCCAGAGAUCCAAGAGAUUCUAAAGAUCUCAGUGUGUGUGUGUGUGUUCUCAGGGUAACAGAUCCGCACACGGAAUGCUGUCAAAUAUGGCAUUUCAUGUCAGCUCAGGAGCAUCCACAGUGCUAACAGGUGAAGAACACCCACACGGUGUAAAAUAGGGAUGCGGAUCUAGUGCAUGUCUACAAUUUUAUUAACUGUUGGUGAUCUGCGCACCUGCACUACACUACCUGUUGGACAUUAUUGUCUAAGGCGCAGUCAAUCUCGUUGUUACUCCUGGUAACUGUUGAGAUCCAGUGCUGCUGAGAUCCAGUUUCUAAGCCUAGAUUCAGGAAAGGUGUGUGUGUGUGUGUGGGGUGGGUGGGGGGUUCUUGCGGUCAUUGAUUUGAAACCCAGGCUCUGCCAACUCUUACCUCUCUUUCUCUAAAUGCUACACCACACGGCCACACUCAUUAACCUCAAGCCUGGCUCAACAGGGGGCUUAUAGCCUCUUUAUACAGUAGGACUGCUUUUCAUCUAAUCGUAUACCUUCGAUCUUGCUGGUCACCCUAGAGCGUGCUGACUUCCACUGUGAAAGAAGAUAUGCACUGUUAUAGAUCACUACUCCUCUGUUGAAUUGCUGCCUUUUCACAACAUGACCUGCUAUAGGCAAUUCUAAUCCCAGGUGGAAAAGCUGAUCUUUUUAUUGUAUUUAUUGACACUAUUAAAAGUUUACCAUAGUAAAAGCAUAGCAAAGUGUACUGAAGCACAAAGAGCAGGCAAGCAGGUAAAGAAUAGUGAAGUAUGGUAAAGCAUAUUAAUAAACAUGGCACACCAGUGUAAACUAUGGUAAAUGCAUAGUAUAACCAUGGGAAAAGCAUGAGGGAAAACUGCAAAAAAUCUGUGCAAAGAUACAGUGGUAAACAUUUAUAAGGGGAAGGCCACCAGCAGACCUGAGAUGGUUUUUACCUCUGGAGAUCUGUCCUUGUGGUUUUUGUGCGCCUCCACUAGGUACUUACACGCAUUUUUAAAGUGAAUAUUUUCACUUUCAGGAGUGUUGACCACUUGUCUGUGCAGGACAGUUUCUUCAGAUAUUUGUGUGAAUCCAUCCUUUGACUUUCUAGCAUAUUCAUUCAACCAUCCAAUGAAAAAGAACAAAGGAUUUGCCAAAGAGACCAUGUUAAGAACAUUCAUAGCAGGAUCCUAACGCUGCUUCAAGUUUGCUGGAUAAAGGUCAUUCAGUGACAAAGCUGUCAUGUGGUUUUCAGUGAAAUUAAAGGGACAGGUUUACUAAGCUUUAGUUCCUGUGUAAAGUUUGCAACAGCAUUUGUUUUAGUUUGGAUUUUUUAUUUUUUUUUUUAAAACUUCUCAACAGAGCAA